UGUAGAUUUCGGCCCAAACAUUUUCGGAAAUCCUUUUCUAAUCCGUGAAACAAACGCCCCCUAAACAAAGUAUAUUUUGCCCCAACAACUUAAAAAUCUUCAACUGAUAACUGGUAUGAAGCAAGGUUUUGCGACAUAACGAACCCAAAACCCAGGAUAGAUUGUGACUGUCACUGAAAGUGCAAAACGCACCAAGUUUCAUCUUUCCGGCAGCCGUCAAUGGUGCUGAAUUUGAUCAGGUCACAACCCAACCCAUUCAUCCCUUCCAAGUUCCCUUUCCUCUUGACCUUACCUUUCUCGAACCCAGUUCACUCACCCAUCCGUACCCGCACCCUCCACCUGUUCGACGAAACGCCCCAACGGAGCAUCAUUUCAUGCAAUUCCCCCGCCUCCCUGCUCGCGUUUCGUGAGGCCAGAAUCGCCGGCCUUCCUGUCAGCGACUUCACUUUCGCAGGGGUUUUAGCCUAUUGCGGUUCCACCAGAAACCUGCGUUUAGGGGAAGCCAUUCAUGGUUCGGUUCUCGUGACCGGAAUGGAUGGAAUGAUUUUUGUCAUGAACUCCCUCAUCAACAUGUACUCGAAAUGCAAACGAAUCGAGGCGGCGAGGGUUUUGUUUGAUACUUGUGAUGAACUGGAUGACGUUUCGUGGAAUUCAAUAAUUGCUGGUUAUGUUAGGUUAGGUGAUGGUUUUAGGGAGGUUUUUGAACUUCUGGCGAGAAUGCAUCGAUCUGGUUUGGAUUUUAGUGAUUAUACUUUGGGUAGUGCGCUCAAGGCGUGUUGUGUUGAUAAGAGUUUGAACUGUAUUGGGAAAAUGCUUCAUGUAUGCGCUAUUAAACUUGAUUUGAAUUCAAAUAUGGUGGUUGGAACUGCAUUGCUUGAUAUGUAUGCCAAGACAGGAUGUUUAACUGAUGCGGUUCUCGUUUUUGAAAGCUUCCGCUAUCACAAUGAUUUUAUGUAUAAUACCAUGAUUGCUGGAUUCCUGCAAAGGCAGACAGUUUCUUGUGGAUAUGCCAGGGAGGCACUUGGUCUUUUUUGUGAGAUGCAGAUGCUGGGAUUAAACUGCUCGAAGUUUACGUUCUCUAGCAUAGUUAAGGCUUGUGUUGCUAUUGGAGAUUUUAGAGCUGGAAGACAGAUUCAUGCUCAAAUUUGUAAGAAGAAUCUUCAGUGUGACGAGUUUGUCGGAUGUUCCUUGGUAGACUUCUACUCCUUUUUCGGUUCAAUUGAUGAUGGGAUCAGGUGCUUUAACUCAACUCCUAAAUUGGAUGUUGUCUCCUGGACUUCCAUGAUUGCAGGUUGUGUUGAAAAUGGAAAGUUUGAAACUGCCUUGUCUUUGUUGCGUCAAUUCAUGGCUUCUGGAAGGAAACCGGAUGAGUUCAUAAUGUCAAGUGUGAUGGGUGUCUGUGCUGAUAUGGCUGCAGCAAGGUCUGGAGAGCAGAUCCAGGGCUGGGCAUUGAAAUUUGGUAUUUCCAAUUUUAUCAUUGUUCAAAACUCACAGAUUUGCAUGUAUGCAAAGUCUGGAGACAUAGAUUCAGCUCGGCUGACCUUUCAAGAGAUUGAGAACCCUGAUGUGGUAUCCUGGUCAGAGAUGAUUUGUUGCAAUGCACAUCAUGGUUUUGCUAACGAGGCUCUAAGAAUUUUUGAGUUGAUGACUGUUUCUGGGAUUAAACCCAACCAUAUCACAUUACUUGGGGUCCUAACUGCUUGUAGCCAUGGAGGUCUUGUUGACGAAGGGUUAAGAUACUUUGAAAUCAUGAAGAAAGAUUAUGGCAUAACAGCUAAUGUAAAGCACAGUACUUGCAUUGUUGAUCUCUUAGGGCGUGCAGGAAGGCUAGAGGAUGCCAAGAGAUUUAUUCUCGAUUCAGGUUUUGCGGAUGAUCCUGUGAUGUGGCGUGCCUUGCUAGGUGCUUGCAGAGUUCAUAAGGACACCAUGAUGGGAAAACACAUAGCUGACAGAGUAAUAGAGCUUGAACCUCAUGCAGCUGCAUCUUAUGUGCUUCUUUACAACAUCUAUAAUGAUGCGGGGAAAGAAAAGCGUGCUUUAGAGGUUCGGAAGCUCAUGCAAGAUCAAGGAGUUAAAAAGGAACCUGGUAUAAGUUGGAUUGAGGUUGGAAGUAAGGUUCAUAUGUUUUUGGUGGAUGAUCGUUCUCAUCCAAUGAGUCAAUUAAUUUAUUCACGUUUGGAAGAAAUGUUGGUGAAGAUAAAUAAAAUUGAAUUCGGCGAUGAGAAGCUUCCUAUGGACAUCUCUGGAACCGAACUCAAUGGUAUCGUAGGCAUGAGCCAUCAUAGUGAAAAGUUAGCUGUAACUUUUGGAAUCAUCUCUUUACCAAAAUCAGCACCAGUGAGGGUGAUAAAGAAUUUGAGAGUUUGCUCUGAUUGCCAUGUGACAAUGAAACUCAUCUCCAAGUUGGAGAAGAGAAAAAUCAUUCUUCGAGAUGCUAUUCGUUUCCAUCAUUUUAAAGAAGGUUUAUGUUCUUGUAAAGAUUACUGGUAGCAAUAGAUCAGUUCCUUGGAUAGCAUAUCUUGACACUUAAUCCCCCUUGGCAUCAUAUGAGGGGUUGGAGAGACUGUUUCUGGACGUAUUACCAAGCUCCUACACCAACAGUCUUGUGUCCUUCAUGUCAACAAAAGGAGUAACUAAAAGUUACAGAGUGAGAUUAUGCAAGAAGUGGCUAUUGCCAUUGGUGUAUGAUUGCCACAGUGCAAGGACAUGAAAAAGAAUCUCUGGUAGACGGUUUAUUCAUUUGGUGGAUUAAGCAUAUACAUUGUAUCCUGAGGGUAAAAGACAACACUGUUAUAUAGCAGAAAUAGGUAGUUAGGAUUCCAUUAUAUAUUUUAAAUAUGUUUACUUUUGUUUCAGUCAUUUUGUAAAAAGUAUAUUUUGUAACUAAAAGUAGUUAAAAUUCUUAAUGAUGAAAAUUGCUAGAAGAAAAUAUUUCUCAACAAUUUGCAGAAAAUCCCUUGACAUCCAU